CGCCGUGCGGCCCGGAGGGGUGUGUGCGGGGGGCCGGAGGCGGCUGUCACUGUCGGCUCAGCCUGCGCCGGGGAACAUUGGCCGCCUCCAGCUCCCGGCGCGGCCCGACCCGGCCCGGCUUGGCCGCCUCAGCAGACACCAGCCAGUCCUGGCAGUCAUGAGGCCUCCCUGGUACCCCCUGCAUACACCCUCCCUGGCUUCUCCACUCCUCUUCCUCCUCCUCUCCCUCCUGGGAGGAGGGGCAAGGGCUGAGGGCCGGGAAGACCCUCAGCUGCUGGUGAGGGUUCGAGGGGGCCAGCUGAGGGGCAUCCGCCUGAAGGCCCCUGGAGGCCCAGUCUCAGCUUUUCUGGGCAUCCCCUUUGCAGAGCCACCUGUGGGCUCACGUAGAUUUAUGCCACCAGAGCCCAAGCGGCCCUGGUCAGGAAUAUUGGAUGCUACCACCUUCCAAAAUGUCUGCUACCAAUACGUGGACACCCUGUACCCUGGGUUUGAGGGUACCGAGAUGUGGAACCCCAAUCGAGAGCUGAGUGAAGACUGCCUUUAUCUUAAUGUGUGGACACCAUACCCCAGGCCUACUUCUCCCACACCUGUCCUCAUCUGGAUCUAUGGGGGUGGUUUCUACAGUGGAGCAUCCUCCUUGGACGUGUAUGACGGCCGUUUCCUGGCCCAGGUUGAGGGAACCGUGUUGGUAUCUAUGAACUACCGAGUGGGAACCUUUGGCUUCUUGGCUCUACCAGGAAGCAGAGACGCCCCUGGCAAUGUAGGCCUGCUGGAUCAACGGCUUGCCUUGCAAUGGGUACAAGAAAAUAUCGCAGCCUUUGGGGGAGACCCAAUGUCAGUGACUCUGUUUGGGGAGAGUGCAGGUGCAGCCUCAGUGGGCAUGCACAUUCUGUCCCUGCCCAGCAGGAGCCUCUUCCACAGGGCUGUCCUGCAGAGUGGCACACCCAACGGGCCCUGGGCCACUGUGAGUGCGGGAGAGGCCAGGCGCAGGGCCACACUGCUGGCCCGCCUUGUGGGCUGUCCCCCAGGUGGCGCUGGUGGCAAUGACACCGAGCUGAUAUCCUGCUUGAGGACAAGGCCCGCUCAGGACCUGGUGGACCACGAGUGGCAUGUGCUGCCUCAAGAAAGUAUCUUCCGGUUUUCCUUCGUGCCUGUGGUGGACGGGGAUUUCCUCAGUGACACGCCGGAGGCCCUCAUCAAUACUGGAGAUUUUCAAGACCUGCAGGUGCUGGUGGGUGUGGUGAAGGACGAGGGCUCCUACUUUCUGGUUUACGGGGUCCCAGGCUUCAGCAAAGACAAUGAAUCUCUCAUCAGCCGGGCCCAGUUCCUGGCUGGGGUGCGGAUCGGUGUACCCCAAGCGAGUGACCUGGCGGCCGAGGCUGUGGUCCUGCAUUAUACAGACUGGCUGCACCCUGAGGACCCUGCCCACCUGAGAGAUGCCAUGAGUGCGGUGGUAGGCGACCACAACGUUGUGUGCCCUGUGGCCCAGCUGGCUGGGCGACUGGCUGCCCAAGGGGCUCGGGUCUAUGCCUACAUCUUUGAACACCGUGCCUCCACAUUGACUUGGCCCCUCUGGAUGGGGGUGCCCCAUGGCUAUGAAAUCGAGUUCAUCUUUGGGCUCCCCCUGGAUCCCUCACUGAACUACACCGUGGAGGAGAGAAUCUUUGCUCAGCGACUUAUGAAAUACUGGACCAAUUUUGCCCGCACAGGAGACCCCAAUGACCCUCGAGACUCUAAGUCUCCACGGUGGCCACCGUACACCACUGCCGCGCAGCAAUACGUGAGCCUGAACCUGAAGCCUUUGGAGGUGCGGCGGGGACUGCGCGCCCAGACCUGCGCCUUCUGGAAUCGUUUUCUCCCCAAAUUGCUCAGCGCCACAGCCACAGAGGUUCCCUGCACCUGCCCAAGCCCCGCCCAUGGGGAGGCUGCCCCGAGGCCAGGGCCCGCCUUAUCCCUGUCACUUCUCUUCUUCCUUUUCCUCCUCCACUCCGGGCUUCGGCGGCUCUAACUACAUAUAACCCUUGCCCCUUCUGGCUUCAGAGCAUACUUACUCUAGAGUGUGACUGAGGAGAAGGGCCCCCUCUCAGGGAUAUAGCACCCCACUCCAUUCUCAAGCCGAGACAAAAUGAACAGACUCAGGGAUCUUUGUUUAAACAAAAAUUCAAAAACACAGGGUUUUUUUUUUUUUUAAUGUAAAAUUACCCUUUGGAGCUUGAGCCUGAUGUUGAGGGGAGAAGGAUCUGGGGCUAGUCGGCGUAGCCAAUGGGCCUUAUAAUCGCCAACCAUUUCUGUUUCUUCUUUCUUUUCCCUACCAACCCAUGGACCCUCCUCCCACUCUGAUCCUGUCCCUCCCCUCGGUCUUCCGGUGAUUUUUCUCCUCCUCUCUCCUUCCUGCUACACUUCACCUCUACCUUCAUUCUCCGGAUCAUCCACUGUUCUCUUCCCACCGCCCCACUCGGCCUCCGACAAUGCGUGUACGCCGGCGCACUCACGAUCGAUCUCCACUACCCGACCUGUUCCGUUUCUUCCUCCUACUCUUGCGGGGUGCCCUGGCCGUAGACACGCUGGACGAGGCGGAGCGCCAGUGGAAGGCCGAGUUCCACCGCUGGAGCUCCUACAUGGUGCACUGGAAGAACCAGUUCGACCACUAUAGCAAGCAGGAACGCUGCUCAGACCUGUGACCCCUUGGGGGACCCCAGGUCCUGCCGUCCUGCCCGAGCCCCUGAUUGUAUAUACUAUUUAUUUAAGGGCUGGGAUAUAAUACAACCGAGCCCCCAGGCCCUGUCCACCCCGCCCCGACUUCCUCCCACUAGGGGAUCCUCAUCUUCUGCAUGUUUUGGGCUGAGCUCCCCUCCCCGCGGUGCCUUCGCCCCUCUGGGCCGCCAAUAAACUGUUACAGCUACUAGAGUCUGUGCUACCGGCGGGAACUUGGGGCGGGGACCAGGUCACGGAGACGCUAGGAACAGAAGCCUCCGGAUUGGUGAGCACUGAUGUACCCUGCCCGCAGCAUCCGGCGGAAGUAAGCACUAGGUCCGCCCUAGGGGCGGAGCUUGCGACUGCGCUGCAAGGCUGGUUUGCCGGCGCCUUUUAGAGAGCUCGGAAGUCGGUGUCAACUUGUGGAAUGACCUCUCCUGCUACUACGCUGUUUGGUAUGAGUUCCCCUGCCCUAGCUAAUCCCAGAAAACACCAAGAACCCGGAGUCCGCCCUGCCUCGGUGACAGCUGCUCUACCGAGCACCCUGGAGCUGCUAAAGGACGUGCACCUGGGCCUGGCUGUACCCUGCCAGGAUCCCGCCCGACUGGCUCUCCUCUCAGGCCACUACCUUUACUAUCACUACGGUUGCGAUGGACUGGAUGACCGCGGCUGGGGAUGCGGCUACCGCACCCUGCAGACUCUGUGCUCCUGGCCAGAGGGCCAGUCCUCCGGCGUGCCUGGACUGGCAGCCUUGCAGGGAGCCCUAGAGGACAUGGGCGACAAGCCCCCCGGUUUCCGGGGCUCCCGGAACUGGAUCGGCUGUGUAGAGGCCAGUCUCUGUCUAGAGCACUUUGGAGGACCUCAGGGACGCCUGUACCACUUGCCCCGCGGAGCAGAGCUUAGGGGAGAACUGGAGCGGCUUUAUUCACACUUCACAGCGGGUGGGGGCCCAGUAAUGGUGGGAGGAGAUGCAGAUGCUCAGUCCAAGGCCCUGCUGGGAAUCUGUGAGGGGCCAGAUAUGGAAGUCUAUGUCUUGAUACUGGACCCACACUACUGGGGCACUCCAAAAAACCGUUGUGAAUUGCAAGCUGCUGGAUGGGUGGGCUGGCAAAAGGUAAACCAUGUCUUUGAUUCCAAUUCGUUCUACAACCUGUGCUUGACCAGACCUAUCUGAACCAACACGCCCUGUCUGCACUGUCGGAUAGAGCCCAGAACUGAGACUGAUCAGACAUCUAUUUACUUCUCACAGGCCCUCCCCCCAACAGCAGACAAGUCUCUUUCAGCAUCAAAAGUUUGGGUCAGGCACGAUGGCCGGGCAGGUGAAUCUGAGUUCAGAGUCAACCUGGUAUACCCCACAAGUUCUAGGUCAGCCGGGGUGAAGACACUGUUCUGAAAAUGGUAAUAAAUUGGCAUAAUUCAGCUUCCUA